AUGCACUUUCGAGUUGUGGAAUUGAGAGAACCAUUGCGAAGUACCACCCCUCCGAACCUGAGCACCGGUUCAUCGGUCGAUUCUGAAGGCAGCCAUAUUCGAAGGUUGAAUAUGCCUAUGAUGUAUCAGAUGUAUGAAAGUCAGUACGAGGAUCUUCGCGGCACAAUCUAUGGCCCUGAUAGCCCAGACUUCCAUCCAGCUCAAGCAAGUGAAACCUUGCGAAAGGCGCUUAGCGGAAUGGGUAGGUCAUCUUAA